CACUCGUGUAAACAGAUAUCGUUAAGAAUAGCACUGUCUAGAAGCUCUGACGGAUACAAGUUAAGUGAGGAACCGACUCCGUAGUGGUAAACUCUGAGGAUAGGUCCAGAAUUCACCUUGUGGAACAAAGGCUAUCAGUACGCAGCAAGUUCGCUGACCAGACUGUAUAAUUAGUUUCAUUAAAACAUUACUAUUUUAUAGAAUUUAUAUAAUCUGAAUAUUAACCAUGGCUUCAACAACAAAUACAACCCAACAAGUUUGGUGAGGAUGGGGCCUGAAGCUCGUUCAAUUAUUGUAUACGAGAUGUGGGCAAAAUUGAUAUCCCCCAAGAUGUGUUACCGACAUAAACAGGUCAACUCCAAGCUACGAUUUUUAUCCACCAGUAUACGGAAAGGAAGAAAGAAGCGGAUUAUCAGAUUACCAUAACAGGAGAACUGUCUGAUGAUACUAAUAUAGUCGCGUGGUAACAUUUAUAUUCCUGCUUUGGAUAAUGCUGUCAGUUCGUGCUUAGAUCUUUACAGUAUCUUUGUUUUUUAACUGUUUGUAUUUUUUGCUUUAUUUUCGUGUUAUCUCUCAUAGAUGAACAUAUAAACGACUUAAUAUAUCAUUGUCGUCACUUCUAUCAUAGGUAUACGCUGUCUGGUGUACGUAUUAACCUAUAUAUAACUAAGGUAUCGACUUAGUCAUGGUAUAACUCACACAUCUUAGUUUAAGAUAACUCACACAUCUAAUUGUUAGAUAUAACUCACACAUCUUAGUGUAAGAUAUAACUCACACAUCUUAGUGUAAGAUAUAACUCACACAUCUAAGUGUAAGAUAGAACUCACACAUAUUUGUGUAAGAUAGAACUCACACAUCUUUGUGUAAGAUAUAAUUCACACAACUUAGUGUAAGAUAGAACUCACACAUCUUUGUGUAAGAUAUAAUUCACACAACUUAGUGUAAGAUAUAACUCACACAUCUUAGUGUAGGAUAUAACUCACACAUCUUAGUGUAAGCCUCUACAGUAGAUCUCGCUUCCAUAUUAACAUCAUAAUUAUAACUCACAAAUCUAAGUGUAUCUACAGAAGAAAUCGGUGCCCAACACAUCGUCGAGUAAGUAAUUAUGUGGCAGGAGAUUCAAAACCAAUCAUCACAUAUUCGGAAGGAAAUUCAUGCACAUGGAGUGGGCACGCCUGAGGACGUUCUCGUAUUUCCCAUUCACAAUGGAUGUAAGUGCCAUUCGAUUGGCUCGUGCAGGAUUCUUUCUGAGCGGAAGCAAUUGUGUCACAUGUUAUUCGUGUGAGGUCAUGCGUUCCACCUGGGACGAUAACGAAGACCCUGACAUUUUUCAUCAGAGGGUAUCACCAGCUUGUAGUAGCGUGACGGGACUGGAAAAUACAAACAUUCCAAUUUAUCGACUUCCGGAAGUAACAGCGCCGGAAGUUAAGGAAGCACCAGAAGGAAGCAGAGAUAGGAAUGCAUCAUCUGAUGGUCCUCAGGAGACGACCAAAGGUAACGACGUCUCACGGACAAACGGUAAACAGUCACUAGGGGAUAGAAAUCAGUCUAGUGAUUCCGGCGAUAUACCAAGGAGAGCUGACCAAGUAGCGUCACGGACCGAUGAUGUAUUGAGGGAGACUAACCACACAGCGUCACGGACCGGUGAUGUAGUGAGGGAGACUAACCACACAGCGUCACGGACUGAUGAUGUAGUGAGGGAGUCUAACCACACAGCGUCACGGACCGAUGAUGUAGUGAGGGAGACUAACCACACAGCGUCACGGACCGAUGAUGUAGUGAGGGAGACUAACCACACAGCGUCACGGACCGAUGAUGUAGUGAGGGAGACUAACCACACAGCGUCACGGACCGAUGAUGUAGUGAGGGAGACUAACCACACAGCGUCGCGGACCAAUGGAUUGAAUGAAGCCACAAAUGGACUCGAAAUGGGAAAGCAAAAACACAAACCAUCUGAAUUUAGACCGGAGUAUAAAAACGAUGUUUCUGACAAGAAAGCGUUAGCGACAGCGGACACAGGGAACCUUUCCAGACCGAAGUACCCGGCUUAUGCUGUGUUAAGGGUGCGCGAGGCUUCAUACGACACGUGGCCCAAACAUCUCUCCCAAACCAAAGAGGAGAUGGCGGAAGCUGGCUUUGUCUUCAGCGGACAUGCCGACUACACUCGCUGUUUCUUUUGUGGAGGUGGACUCAGGAACUGGAUGCCGGGGGACGACGCAUGGAUAGAGCAUGCGCGGUGGUUCCCUAGGUGCACGUAUUUACUUCAGAGCAAGGGAGCUGACUAUGUUCGAAGCAUACAAGGGUCUUAUCCAGCUUCGGCAGAUAAGUGCGGUAGUGAUGCACGUGCAGUAACAGACGAACCAAAAUCUCGGGUACCUACUGACAUGUGGACGUACGCAGCUGUCCAGAGUCUGUUGGACAUGGGCUAUGACAGAGCAAUAAUAGAACGUGCUACCUGUAACGUCGUCAACAACAGAAUUGUCUCAUCAGGUAUACAAGAUGUUGAAGCAGUUGAGCUACUGGACGAGGUGUUCCGAAUACAGGACGCUGUUGAUAGUGACUACGUAUCCGAUCCAACGUCAUUCCCGAAUGACCGCCAACCUGUUACCAGGGAUACGUCAUAUCAUUCCGAGGACGCAGAAACUCGCCUCCUUAUGCAGGAGAACCAGGAAAUGAGGGACAUGUCUAUGUGUAAGGUAUGCAGUGACACGGAGGUGGCUAUCGUCUUCCUUCCCUGUGGUCAUUUCGUCUGCUGCUCAGAAUGCGCUCCGGCCAUGAUGAAAUGUCCUGCCUGUAAAGUGAUCAUUCAAGCUUCCGUUAGAGCCUGGCUCGUGUAACACAUAUCAGGUGAAAGUCUGACUCGUUUAACACAACUCGCGUCAAAGUCUCGCACGUGUAACACUCCUCCCGUCAAAUUCUGACUUAUGUAAUACAACUCGCGUCAAAGUCUGGCACGUGUAACACACUUCCCGUUAAGCUCUAGCUCGUGCAACUCACCUCGCUUCAAACUCUGACUCGUGUAUCACAACUCCCGUCAAAAUCUGACUCGUGUAUCACACUUCCUGUCAAACUCUGACUCGUGUAUCACAACUUCCGUCAAAAUCUGACUCGUGUAACACACUUCCUGUCAAACUCUGACUCGUGUAUCACACCUCCCGUCAAAGUCUGGUACGUGUAUCACAACUCCCGUCAAACUCUGACUCGUGUAUCACAACUCCCGUCAAACUCUGACUCGUGUAACACACCUCCCGUCAAACUCUGACUCGUGUAUCACAACUCCCGUCAAACUCUGACUCGUGUAUCACAACUCCCGUCAAACUCUGACUCGUGUAUCACACCUCCCGUCAAACUCUGACUCGUGUAUCACAACUCCCGUCAAACUCUGACUCGUGUAUCACAACUCCCGUCAAACUCUGACUCGUGUAACACACCUCCCGUCAAACUCUGACUCGUGUAACACACCUCCCGUCAAACUCUGACUCGUGUAACACACCUCCCGUCAAAUUCUGACUCGUGUUACACAACUCCCGUCAAACUCUGACUCGUGUAACACACCUCCCGUCAAACUCUGACUCGUGUUACACAACUCCCGUCAAACUCUGACUCGUGUAACACACCUCCCGUCAAAGUCUGGCACGUGUAACACACCUCCCGUCAAAUUCUGACUUGUGUAAUACAACUCGCGUCAAAGUCUGGCACGUGUAACACACCUCCCGUCAAACUCUGACUCGUGUAUCACACCUCCCGUCAAACUCUGGCACGUGUAACACAACUCCCGUCAAAGUCUGGUACGUGUUACACAACUCCCGUCAAACUCUGACUCGUGUAUCACACCUCCCGUCAAACUCUGGCACGUGUAACACAACUUCCGUCAAAGUCUGGUACGUGUAACACAACUUCCGUCAAACUCCAACUCGUGUAUCACACCUCCCGUCAAUCUCUGGCACAUAUCAGGUCAAACUCUAGCUCGUGCAACUCACCUCGCUUCAAGCUCUGGCUCGUGCAACACAACUCCCGUCAAACUCUGGCACGUGCAACACAACUGUCAAACUCUGAUUCAUGUGACACACCCUAAUACGUAACGCUCACCAUGACAAUUUCGGCUCGUGUGAUCAAUGUGUAUGAACUAUUCUACCAAUGUUCUCACUUAAAAUCGCUACGUACUACAAAAUAUAUAAACAAAGGGACAAUAUGUCCAUUGUUUCUUAUUUAGUGAUAACAUUCCUGUCACCUGUCCACGAAAUCUAAAUAUAGUUUUGUAAAGGUAGUUAUUCUGGCUGCUUGAUUCUAGAACUCGACUAUUGUUUUAAGAUCUUCUUAUCUUUCUUAAUUAUGUCUGUCAGUUCUUGUUGUUAUAUUUUAAGUCGUUGCCCUCUAAUGACAUCAUGGUAGGAAGUAAACGCAUUGCUCUCUCUCUGUCUGUCUCUCUCUCUCUCUGUCUGUCUCUCUGUCUGUCUCUCUGUCUCUGUCUGUCUCUGUCUCUGUCUCUGUCUCUCUCUCUCUCUCUCUCUCUCUCCAUCCACCAUCAAAAUAGGCCCCUUUUUUUAUACUUGUUUCUUGGUUUUUUGAUCGUCUAUGGUGCUCUUCUGCUAUCGCUAUAUGCCCUCUAGGCUCGUAUAUAUCUUAGGCUUUGCAAAUAAAUUCUUUGACUACUUAAUUUCUGCUUUUCUCUUUUGAUAGUUAUUUUUUCCUCAUAGGUGUUUGCUGUCCUUUCUGUAUAAUUUUAUAACCGGAUUGUUGUUCACCAGAAGUAAUUAAGCAUAUGAACUAUACUAUAUAUUAGAAUCCCCAAAAAUGUCGUAUUUUAUAAUUAUUGGCAAUUCACCCUUAUUUGAUUCAAAUCGUUGGCAAAAACUCCCAUUCUCUGAGUUCGAAAAAAAAAAAUAUAUAUAUAUAUAUAUAUAGUUUUGAGGCCUCUCUGACUUAUCACGUGGUUUCUCAUUUUUUGCGGUGGCAUCUCGUAUCAAUAUUUGAAUAUACAUAAUCUGUGUGUGGCUAAUUUGUUAUCAAUCACAUUGAAUUAAUAAAGUAUCUUAUGACAAACAA